UCUGUAUGUUUAAACAAAAGAAUCUUCCUUUUGUUUUGUUACAGUAAGACACAUUUAAAUAGAUUGUGUCAUAAAAACGGGAAUUCAAAACAUGAGGUGAAAAGGAGGCAUCAGGGGGAGGGGGGGAAUCAUGGACUGGAUUCUAGAGAUCUGAAUUUAGCUUCCAGCCUCACCUGGCCUCAGGCAGCAUGCGUGAGCUGAUGCAAGGUACCUUACCUCUUCUGCUUCAGUCCCCAGUCUGCGAUGAAAAUAGCGCGUCCUCCCUUAAGUGUCAUGAGGCACUUACUGCUGUGGACUAGACAAAGGUCUAAUACAGUGAUUUUCGGAAACUGUGUGGUGUUUUUUGUCUUUUGAUGAGAAGAGUAAGAAACAAUAUGUUAUGGUUUGCCAGGGUAUAAAACUGUAGCAAUUUCAGUGGCAGUCAAAACUGUAGGAUGCACUGGGGAUGCCAAUUCUUGCUGUUAUUUCACAGGUAAAAGUUCUCCUGAGUAAAAGUGACAGUUGAUCUCAGUGGGAGCUUUGUCUGGGAAAGAAUUGUAACUGUGUUUGCCUUUGGUCAGAUUAAUUCACAAAUUCUUUCUGUUACACAAUGGGAAAGAAAAAGAAAAGAAACCAAUUGCUGUAAGAUUAAAUGCUGUACUUGAAAGCCAUUUAUUGUAAAUAAGCAACAGUGAUGUGGAUGUUCUUGCUCCUUUGCAACAUUACAUGCAACACACAGAGGAAAAGCACUGUGCUCAUCUCCCAUGAGCACAGAAUCAGAACAUUUCUUUUUUAGUGAGAAAUCAGGGAUGGGUGGAAACUGAUUUCUGUUGUAUUAAAACUCAGUAAUACUAAAACCAGCUAAUUAUUCCUUCACUGUCUUCAAAAUUCAAGUUGAAAAAAAAAUAUCUUGGAGGAAAGGGGAAUGGUCUGAAAUGUUUGUUUUGAGGUCAAAAAAUGAAAUUGUUUUUCCACUCUUUUUCAAAAUAAAGUGUGAACUGGAAACCUGGACAAUCUGCAGCUGUUCUUGUCACCCAGAUGGUCUGCUAACAACUGGUCCAAGCAGGGCACCCACAAAUUGGGCACACUGGCAAAAAAAUAAAUUAAAAAAAAUUGGGAGGCAAGUCCUGAAGGAUUUAACAAAAUCAGUAUGUCCCCACAAAAUGUUUUGAUUUAAAUUAAUCAGUUUUGUUGGAAGAUUUUUGACAAAUGUACUGGAAAUUGUUCAAACAAAUAAGCACAAGUGAUGUUAAAGCAAGCAAUUUGACAUUACAAUGGCUUGCCUUGAAAAGGGAUGUAUAGCUACAGAUACUCUGAGGCUAUUAUUGAGCCAGUGUAGGAGAGAAAGCAGAGGACUUCUGAGAGUUUUGUAUGACAUUGAGAUUUGAUUUCUUCCACUUUGCUUUGAACUAUGAAUGGUGAAAGACACCUAUUUUUCAGUAUGUGUGUGUGGGGGAGAAAUCAGACAGAAGUAGCCAAAAUCUACCAUCAGGAAUUAAAUAUAAAUCCUGUUAAAAACAGUGGUGCAUAAUCUUAGAAUUUAGAAAUGGCAGUUUUUGAUUAAAAAGACUACAAGUUGAAUAUACUAGUUAAGAUGAGGAGAGUUUAAACUAACGACAGUCUUCUGAUGCUUUAAGGUUUUUGGCUAUUUAAUUCUUUUUACUGCAGAUAUAAUCUGUACUUGGCAGUAUGUCCCUCAGUCUGCAUUGUGCAGCAUGGCAGAAAGUGGAGCUAGAACACUGUCACUAGUUACAGUGUUCAGUGUCAUAGAAAUACAGAACAUUAUAUAACUUUCCCAUAGAUCAAUAUGAGUUUGUUUUCUCUCUACAUUAUGGAAAGUUAGAUGAUGUACAAGACCAGCCAUCAGAGUAGUUACAUAUAAAGAUCUUGGGAACAUUUAAACAUUAGUUGUUGAUUAACUUACCUUCAGUUUUGGUCUAAGAUCACAGGUUCCUCAAGCUGCGUAGCAGUUUUCACCAUUAACCAAUAGAAUCGUGGAUUCUGUUGAAAAAAUAGGCUGUUAUCCUGUAGCCCCUCCUUGCGGAGUGCAAUAGGCUAGAAAAUAGAAAGACCAAGUAAAUGAAGGCAGGAACAGCUUGACUUAAUGCAUUCGUUCUGGCAGGCAUUUGUAUGCAGUACAUCCUGCUACACUGCACUUAGCCUCUGUUGGGACUUCCACAAGAUGAUCAGAUUCAUUUGUUUAUUAACUGUUCCAAUAUAUGUUUAAAUGAGUUAUCUAGCAGUAUCAGUUUUGUAAUAAAUGAGCAAGUGUUGUUCCUGAGCCAGUUGUUCACUGGUAGGAUUUAAUUAUUGCAAGAUUAGCAAAGGGAAACACAGACACCAAUUGUCUGUUAUGCAACUUGUCUGGAUUUAAAAAUAUAUGUGUAUUUCUGGAGCACACAUUCCACAAUAUAUGUUUUCCAGAUGUCAAAUUUUAAAAUCAUUUUCCUCCUCUUACAUUCUUCCACUUUACCAAUGUGGCUUAGUGGCUACUAUUUCAGAAAAUUGCUUCCUGUCAUAUGACAUUUUAAGCCAUUUCACUUUAAUGAAAUUUGUAGGGACUUCUCUUUGGGAAAAAUUAUACACAUUCACAAAAAUUUUUCUGACAUCAUUUACAUAAAAUGUAAGUGCUUUGUUAAGGCAGACUUGACUCAUUUUCAUAACACAGUCUGAAAUGUUUGGUUUGAUUGCUGUCUGUUUUGCAGCAGUGAAAAUCAGGGUAAGUUCUCUGGAAUCAGGGAAGUUACGUAGAUGCAAGCAGACCAAAGUUAGGCUGAAACUGUUUUUAAACAGUUACAGCCUUUCAUGUAAGUCAAUAGAGAACUAAUAUGGUGCUUCUAAGUAGCCCUUCAUCAUAAAUACAUUUGAAAAACUGUAAGUACACCUUUGAAGUCUAGAAUUAUACAUUUUCAGAUCAUGAAAAUAUAUUCCUUCUUUCUUCUGGAGGGUUUUCUGUCAGAGGAGAGGGUUAUAUUUUUCAAAGGUCAAAUUUUGAUCAGAAAGUUCUGCAGACAAAGAAAUCUGUAAUCAUUUAAGAAAAAGUCCUCUUUUUGGCCAAAGCUAGUAUUUGUUGCACAUGUUAAUGGACUUUAAUCCUUACUGCAGUGCUCAUGGUAAAGAUGAAACAUAAAGAGAAUGGCUGAAAAUGGGCCAAAUGUCGACUGUUUGAUGUAGCAUAAUGGCCUACAGCAGCCGGACUGCUGUGAUCCCUGAGAUAGCACCUCCUGUGGAGAGUUCUGGCGGCAGAUGCUGCUUGCUGUCGUUGCGUGAGAGGUGGAUGCCUACCGGCUCCCGGUACCCAAGGAAAUAGCUCCCUGGUGCUUUCUGGAGAGUUGCGGUGGAUUUCUCAGAUAAUGCUGAUUUGCCUCUUUUAUUUCUCAAUGUGCCAUGCUAUCUGAAAUAGAAUAAAAGAACAUGCUAAUAUGAUAAGCUCUUUAAUCGUCACUGUGACAAGCAACACCUGUUUUGCUGGGACUUGUGUGAGUAGUCCCUGUGCUCCAUGGCUCUGUUGGGAGGGGGCACUCACUGGGAAGGAGAGAAGAGGAGGAAGGUUUGGCAUUCAUGUAGUGCUUGUUUCCUUUGUUACCAGGAGCACUGAAUUAAUACACUAAGCCUGAGAGUCAUUAAGAUAAAGAACUAGCAGCUUUAAUGAAUAUAUCCAGCUAGGCUGGAGAGCUGCAUGGAACUAAUAAAACCAACAUGCUUUGUGCAAAACCCGGGGUGGAUUCAUUGGUAGAUGUAAUGGAAAAAGUUAGCUUGUUCCGAACCGUAUGUCUUAUAGCUGUGGCCUCCGGAUUCCUUUCUUAACAAAAAAUGAAAAAGAAAAGAAAUUGGCAUAAACACGAUACUGGACAGACUACAGAGGUCAAACCUGUACAGAACGGGAGUCAAGUCUUUAUAAAGGAACUUCGAAGUCGUACUUUUCCAAGUGCUGAAGAUAUAGUAGUGAAAGUGCCAGGCAGCCAACUAACAACAGAGUAUUUGGAAGAAAAUGGUUUCACAGAGCCCAUCCUGGUUCCAAAGAAGGAUGGACUGGGAUUGUCUGUACCAGCACCCACGUUCUACGUCAGCGAUGUUGAAAACUACGUUGGACCAGAGAGAAGUGUUGAUGUCACUGAUGUCACCAAACAGAAAGACUGCAAGAUGAAGCUGAAGGAAUUUGUGGAUUACUACUACAGUACAAACAGGAAAAGGGUCCUCAAUGUGACUAACCUGGAGUUCUCGGACACGAGGAUGUCCAGUUUUGUCGAACCUCCAGAUAUAGUUAAGAAGUUGUCCUGGGUGGAAAACUAUUGGCCUGAUGAUGCUCUUCUGGCUAAACCAAAAGUGACCAAGUACUGCCUGAUCUGUGUGAAGGACAGCUACACAGAUUUCCACAUAGAUUCAGGAGGAGCUUCUGCAUGGUACCAUGUGCUGAAGGGAGAAAAAAUAUUUUAUCUCAUCAAACCAGCCUCUGCAAAUAUUUCUCUCUAUGAACGCUGGCAAUCAGCAGCAAACCACAGUGAAAUGUUUUUUGCAGACCAGGUAGAUAAAUGUUACAAAUGCACAGUUAAACAAGGACAGACACUCUUCAUUCCUUCAGGUUGGAUUUAUGCAACUCUAACACCUGUAGACUGCCUGGCCUUUGCAGGACAUUUUCUACAUAGUCUAAGUGUUGAAAUGCAGAUGAGGGCAUAUGAAGUAGAAAGACGAUUGAAAAUUGUCAGUCUAACACAGUUUCCAAACUUCGAAACUGCAUGUUGGUAUAUGGGAAAGCAUCUAUUAGAGACAUUCAAAGGUUUGCACAAAGCUGGGCAACAACCACCUGCUCAUUUACUCCAAGGAGCAAAAAUUCUCAAUGGUGCUUUCAGGUCAUGGACUAAGAAACAGGCUUUAGCAGAGCAUGAAGAUGAACUACCAGAAAACUUCAAACCAGCACAGCUUAUCAAGGACCUUGCCAAAGAAAUACGAUUAAGUGAGAAUGCUUCGAAAGCCAGCAAAGCAGACACGAGUGCCAACACAAAUGCUGAGGAGACCUGUCCUGUGGAGAAGGAGGAUGCACCUUCACCCGUCCAAGUGACACCUCCACCCCCACCUGUAGAAAAGCUCCCUAAAAAAAAGACCCCAAAAACUGUGAAAACCCCCAAACAACUCAAGCCAUCCAAGCCUCCUAAGCCCCCCAAGCCUCCCAAACCCCCCAAACCUCCCAAAACACCAAAAGUCAAGGGAGAAGGAAAAAAGAAAGGAAAGAAGGCAAAAGAGAGUCCACCGCCAGCCAUCCCGAAUCUUGACUUGCUGGAGGCACACACAAAGGAGGCUCUGACAAAGAUUGAGACGCCAAAGAAGGGAAAGGCUGCAAAGAAUGUUUUAAGUGUUCCCAAUAAAGAAACAGCUAAUAAGCAAAAUGAGGUGGAAAAGUUUGAAGCUCGAGAGCAAAAUAAAAGCAAAACAGAAGCCAAAUGGAAAUAUAAGAACAGUAAACCUGAUUCACUAUUAAAAAUGGAAGAGGAACACAAAUCAGAAAAGACGCCUUUAUCAGGAAAUAAGGACAACAAAUUUACAUUCUCUUUCUCUAAUAAGAAGUUGCUUGGUUCUAAGGGAGUCAAAACCCAACUGAAUACUAGUGUAUUUGGGUCACUGCAGAAUUUUAAAGAAGAUAAAGCAAAACCUGUACGAGAUGAAUAUGAGUAUGUGUCAGAUGAUGGUGAGCUAAAAAUCGAUGAAUUUCCAAUCAGAAGGAAGAAAAACACUACAAAAAGAGAACUGCCCUUUUUAUCAGAUAAAAAAGACACUCUGCAGCAUACUCCUGUUAAGAAGCCAAAGGUGGAGUCGGUGUCAUAUAAGAGUGAUGACUCGUCAGAUGAAGAUUUGCUUCACAUUGACACAGAGGCAAAGCCAGGGCGUAAUUCCAAAGUAAAGAAAGAGAGCGGAAGUUCAGCAGGAAUUCUUGACCUUUUGCAGGCAAGCAAGGAAGUUGGGGGUUUAGAGUAUAACACCAACAGUCAGCCACCUGCCUCACCCAGCACGCAAGAAGCAAUCCAGGGCAUGCUAUCGAUGGCAAACCUCCAGUCAUCAGAUUCCUGCCUCCAGGCAUCCUGGGGUACCAAUCAGGCGAAGAAUAACUCCAUCUCCACACAGAACUCUAAAAAAACAGGCGGUGGUAGUAACAAAAAUGCUGGCAAGCGGUUACUAAAGAAAAGCACAAAAAACAGUAUUGACAUUGAAGAUUACGAUGAAGAUCAGGACCAUUUAGAUGCCUGUUUUAAAGAUUCAGAUUACGUUUACCCUUCUCUUGAAUCGGAUGAAGAUAAUCCAGUAUUCAAAUCUCGGUCAAAGAAAAGGAAAAGCUCAGAUGAUGCCCCUUAUAGCCCAACAGCACGAGUCGGCCCCUCGGUGCCUCGACAGGACAGACCGGUGCGAGAGGGUACAAGAGUCGCCUCCAUUGAAACCGGACUUGCCGCUGCUGCCGCAAAGCUGUCACAGCAGGAGGAACAAAAAGGCAAGAAGAAAAAAAAUACCAAAAAGAAGCUGUCAACCAACAACGCGAACAAACCGGCUCAGGAAGGCAGCUCGCCAGAGCCGAAGCUGGAGUCACAUGCCAGCAGCCUCACAGAUCACGAGUACACCGCAGGGGCCAGCACCUUUGGGGUCGCCCAGCCUAACAGGGGAUCACAGCCGAUGGCACCCGGUGUUUUCCUCACACAGAGGAGACCCUCAUCAUCCUCGCAGAACAAUGCCUCCGCCAAAGGAAAGCGCACGAAGAAGGGGAUGGCCACGGCCAAGCAGCGGCUCGGCAAGAUCCUGAAGAUCCACCGGAAUGGCAAGCUGCUCCUCUAGCAGCCUCCGGGCUACUGCCACCUAACUUUGGCCACCACGACGGCAACCCUUUUAACUUUCAGCGGUUGGAGUGUACAGAAUCCUGCUAUAAAUAUUUUUUAAUAUAGAUGUCCUUUCUCAGAGUGCUGAGAGCGACCAGUCCGCAAAAAGUUAACGCGCCCCCGGCCCGGCCCCGCGGCGCUGAGCAGCGGGAGGCGGUGAGGGGCGGCGGGGAGCGGGCGGGCGGCGGUGCCUGGCUGCCGUGUAGAUGCGUCUCCUGAGGCAUCCUUUUCCUAGAAUGUAGCUUGUACAUAGCUUUUGGAAUAACGACCACCCGUUUUUUAUAAGGGGAAAGUCUCUCCGGGCGCCGCCAGCCGCAGCGGCCCGUACCAGCUCUUUGCGUAACUUCUUGUACGAGGAGGGAGACAGUUAUUUUACUAGCACCUUGUGGAGUGUUUCCGUGUUUUGUGACGAUGUAAUUUAUUAAUGUUUGUAGCUUUUUAUAUUUGUACAUUUCUUAUGGGCUUUGUUUAUAUACACACAUUACCGGGGUGCGGCGCCCGCGGGGAACCAGAGCCACCCGCAGCCGUGGCGAGGGCCGUGAGGGCCGCGCCGGCCUGGGCGUCGUGCCGGCUUUUUUUAUUAUGAUUAUUAUUAUUAGUAUUAUUAUUUUUUCGCGACAUGUACAUUUCUAACAAAGUUUAUCGUGGCUAUCUAUCUAUGACGGUGUUUUAUUUACCGAUUCAUAUCAAAUGCUCUUGUAUCAAGUUCACGAAAUCUAAGUAAACCUAGAGCAAAGUUUAAAAAAAAAAAAAAAAAGGGAAGAAAAAAAAAAAAAGAAAGCAAA